GGUGUUGCUGAUUACCUGGGUGGUCAGGAGCUGAUAAGACACCUGGAGGCGGCGGCCAUCUUUGCUUAGUGCAGGACUGACCAUGGCUGGAGUGAUGUACCCCCAAUAUCCCGGCUUCCCCAAUUAUGGGCCCCCCUACCGCCAGCCGCCCCCCUACUACAAGCCCAGGCAGCCAUAUUGGAGGCCGCCCUACAAGGGGCCCCCGAAGCCCACCUUUCCUCUGGACUGCCUGGAUGAUUACCGGUGGGCCCAGUUGAAGGCUCUGCUCAGCCAGCUUGGCCCGGGACUGAGCCGCCUCUACACCAAGGAAGUUGGGGUUCAGGUGAACCCCCGGGUGGACGCCUGUGUUCAGUGCUCGCUGGGGCCCCGCACCCUGAAGACCCGCAAAGGGGGCUCCUUCCUGUACCGUCCUGUGUCUGGCCAACACGCCGGCCUCCGGAUCGUCACCCCGGUGAGGUUCCCUCGCACCGUCGCCGUCUAUUCCAGACUCACCGACCGAAGGCUCUUCACCCUCCCGCCAGGCAAGGACGGGGGCGCCAGAGAGGCCGCUCAGAUGGUGGACUUCCAGAUUAUAGAGGAGAUCGAGGCCGGGCCCAAGAAACCCACCUUCCAGUUCCUGGAACAGAAGUACGGAUUCUUCCAUUGCCGGGGGUGUCAGGUGCGGUGGGAAAGCGCCUACGUCUGGUGCGUUUCGGGGACCAAUAAGGUUUACUUCAAACAAUAUUGUCACAAGUGUCUGAACGGCUUCAAUCCGUACUACGUGGAGUCCAUCGAGUGUAAGGUGA